AAGCAUCUGACUUUCAACGUUCAUCUUUUGUCCGAAAGUUCCCACCCCUUAUUCUCUUCGCUUUCUUCCCACAGUAGAACAGUUACCAUGGAGUUUUUUUUCUCCAGAAGGCCUAUAAAUAAACCUCGAGUUGAUUCCCUUGUCUCUCGCUUGUCUCCAAUUUUCGUUUUAUUUAAUGCUGGCGAAUUUGCGAACUAUUUGCAAACCUCAAAGCCCUCCUUCCCCAGAGGCGUCGAGGAAACGAAAGCGUGACGAUCUUAAUGACCCUUCCACCAAAGGGACACGCACCACCACAGAGCCGAUGGUAACCGCUGAUGAGAAGGAAGAGGAGGUGCAGGGCUUAUUUUCCCGCUUGAAAAAGGCCUUUGAAGACUAUCGAAUUUUCACCGAUGACAGCUUUACGAAGGAGAAAAUAUGCGACAUUCGGAUGAGGUCGCCGUUUUUUCUGGAAUACUUUGCGAUGAAGACUAUAAUCAAUUGGUGAAGUUGGAAGUGGAUAGCAUUAGCUCCAUGAUGACAGAAAGCGUGGAAGAGACAGUUGAUGAGUUUUUUCGAGAGCCUUUUCGUGCGGAUACUUGGCAGGAGAGACGAGAUGCACUGCUGAAUAUGUCGGAAGGCGAGGUUCUGGAAAGGAGACGAAUGAAGGCAGUAUUGUACGAUGUGAUGCCGGCAUUCUUUGAGGCGAUAUUUGGUGAGGAGAAUCAAUUGUUGGACCACCGUUUCGAUGAAUUGCGCUUUUCGGCCAAGUUCCUGCACCCGUUGAUUGAGAGGAUCUUUCGCGAAUUCACAGGGCUCCGGUACGAAGGGGGAGAUGUCUUGCUGCAAUGCAUCGUAGAUCGGAAAAGGAGACAAGACCAAGAUGACAUAGAGGAAAGAGCCGAUGGUGUCGUCUACGCACCAACAGGUGCAGAGGUUGGUUCCGUAGAGAUCAGCCAGCCAUACCCUGCACCCCAAGAAUACCUUGAUGAUCUCGGACAAUUAGGCCGCACCAGCAAAGAUGUAAUCAACGCUACCAUUGUCCGCCACGCAUUAGAAGAGAAACACAUUCCUACCGACGAAAUACAUUGACUCAGUUUACUUUAAGAUCGAGUAUGGAGGUGGACGGAUACCCCGGACUGCCAAGGACUUACAGUCGUUUGGUGGAACCAUCAAAGCUUUGUACUGCUGGGCCCGAGCCAUGGACUUGUACAUUAAGUGUCGAGAUGAAGACCAGCGCAAAUGUGACCGCCUGUCUGUGCCGCAGAACAUGAGGAUAGCGGCCAACUUACAUGAAAACCGGCCACACUCCACAGGCAAAAAGGGCUACCGGAUCUCUACACUGUAUCUUGGUUAGAUUUGUUGUAAAUCUAAAUAACAUACAUGUCCAU